AUGGCUGACGAGAGAACCUUCAUUGCCAUCAAGCCAGAUGGUGUCCAGCGUGGCUUGAUCGGUCCUAUCAUCACCCGCUUCGAGCAGCGUGGAUUCAAGCUUGUUGCCAUCAAGCUCGUUACUCCCGGAAAGGAGCACCUCGAGAAGCACUAUGCCGACUUGGCCGGAAAGCCAUUCUUCCCUGGUUUGAUUGACUACAUGAACUCUGGCCCAAUCUGCGCCAUGAUCUGGGAGGGCCGUGAGGUCGUCAAGACCGGUCGUAUCCUCCUCGGUGCCACCAACCCACUUGCCUCUGCUCCAGGUACCAUCCGUGGUGACUACGCCAUCGAUGUCGGCCGCAACGUCUGCCACGGCUCUGACGCCGUUGAGAGCGCCCAGAAGGAAAUCGCUCUGUGGUUUCAGGAAUCUGAGAUCGUCUCCUACAAGGUCUCUCAAUUCGACUGGAUCUACGAGAAGGCAUAG